AUGGACGACGGUCAUGAAAAUAUGAUCCAAAUCUAUCCAUGGCGUCAGAACUGCGGUGACAGCCAAUUGAGCGACAAUGCACCUCCUGUGAUCCUGCUAGAGAGGAGGUGGAGCAUACCGGACAAUGAGAAGAUCGGAACCGUGGUCACCAAAGUCCGAGGUGACGAUUCGGACGGCGACAUCUUGGAAUAUGGACUCGAGAAGCAUUUCGGGGAUCGAAACCAGAAACCCUUACCGUUCGCUAUCGAUAAUGAAACCGGUGUCAUCACCGUCAACCAAACACUACAAGAUAGGAGUGGCGAGCAGUUUUUGCUCUACGUGACUGCAUCCGACGGAUCCUUGUCAGCCAAGACGGAGGUCCUGGUGGAUAUAUUCAACUCUUCGGCCGAGCAAAGCGGGCGGAAAACUGGGAAAAACCGCCCGCCCUUCCCGACGGGGGACAAGCGAAGCCCUUUCGGGAACCUGCCCCCCGGGUUCCUGAACCAGCGUCCUCCGUUCAUCCCGUCGAAACCCAAGUACAACAACUCCAACACCAAUUUCAACAUCGGCCCUGAGGGAUUCAACUUCUCGUCUAUCCCUGCCGUCUCCCUAUCCCCUGAUUUCAUAGCCGCGGUCGCUAAUGACCCAGGAAUUAUCAACAACCCAUCUUACACCUUGCCUCCACCUUCAAAGUUGCCUCCCGCCAAAAGUUCCGACACACCUGUGCCCCCGGCUCGUCCCUCCACAGUUCCUUCCUCCUCCGUUCCUUCCGCUCCUGGACGGUCCUCUUCCUCGUCCACCCCUGACGCUACCCUUCCUGCUUCAACCCCCAAGACGACUGGACCACCCUCCCUGUCCACCUCAUCCAAUAUCCAUGCCAGCGAAUCCUUGCACAAUAUCUUCUUGACCGUUUUUACGCUGAUAUCACUCUUGUUCGUGGUAGCAGUUGGAAUUCUAGUCGUAUGGUUCAGAAGAAGCAUUUGCUACGGUGGUAUGAAGAAGAAGAAGGAUGAUAUGAACAAAGAGAGCGAUAUCAUUCGACAAAAUUCGAUCGUGCUCCAGCACUGGCGUGCUCCCCGUGCUUUCGGCAAUCGAUACGAAGCGUGGGACAACGAAUCCACUUUGCAGGCCAACUCGGGACCACCAGCUAAGUCUGGAGAUCCAUGGGAGUUUCCGCGACACCACAUCAAAAUUUUCAGUAUUCUCGGCGAGGGAUGCUUCGGACAAGUUUGGAAAUGUGAAGCCAUCAAUAUCGAUGGUCAAAAAGCUCCUCAAGUUGUGGCUGUGAAAACUCUUCGAGAAAACGCAGGGGAGCGUGAGAGAUCGGAUCUACUUCAAGAAUUAGAGGUCAUGAAAAUGUUGGAUCCUCAUCCUAAUGUUGUUCGUUUGCUCGGCUGUUGUACAGAGAAAGAUCCGAUUUUCCUGAUAAUGGAGUACGUGGCUUGCGGUAAACUCCAGAGUUUCCUGCGAAACUCGAGAGCUCAGCGCUGCUACGAUAAUAUGCACGGUCCCAGUGAUACUCUCACCUCCAGAGACUUGACUUCGUUCUGUUAUCAAGUGGCGAGAGGCAUGCAGUUCCUAUCUUCCAAGGGUAUAAUCCACCGGGAUCUCGCCGCGAGGAACGUGCUCGUGGCGGAGGAUCACACCUGCAAAGUGGCCGACUUCGGUUUCGCCCGCGACGUGAUAACGAGCCACGUCUACGAGCGGAAAUCCGAGGGGCGGCUGCCGAUCAGGUGGAUGGCCCCGGAGUCCCUCUACGACAACAUCUUCUCCGUCAAGUCGGACAUCUGGAGUUUCGGCGUCCUCGUCUGGGAGAUCGUGACCCUGGGCUCGACGCCGUACCCGGGGCUCGCCGCCGCCGAAGUCAUGAAGCGAGUCAGGGACGGCUACCGGCUCGACAAACCGGAGCACUGCCGGAGAGAGCUCUACAACAUCAUGUACUACUGCUGGGACAAGGACCCCAAGGAGCGUCCCAACUUCAGCGAGCUGGUCGAUCUCUUGGAGCAGCUACUCCUCAGCGAGACCGAGUACAUCGAGCUCGAGAGGUUCCCCGACCAUUCGUAUUAUAAUAUGGUGUCCUUGAGCGGCGAGAAGCUCUAACCAAUGAUUGCAACUCCCACUUUAUGACACGGGCCUUUGCCCAUCCAAGGCUUCCUUUAAUUGAUUGGAAUAAAACAAUCGGGUCAGACCUUUAUGAGGAGUUUUGGAAAAACACCUACGUGCAAUAGCUCAGGACUCUCGUAACAAAUGGGGAUGCAUCAGAAAAAAAAGAAAAUCGACACAGAAGAUGAGGAGGAGGAAGAAGAUUAAUAAAAAAGAGAGGGGAAGGGAGAAGAAAAUGAGAAAAGAAAAGAGAAGAAAAAGAAAGAGAAAAAACGGAAAGAGAGAAGCUUGUGAGAUAGAAGAAAUGGAUAUGAGAAGAGGAGGCGAGGAAAACAAAGAGGUAUGAUGGAGAGAAAGACAAGUAUGAGGUAAAAGAAGUUCUUCUUGCUCCUCUUUCUCCUCUUCGCCUUCUUCUUUACGACAGAACAAUUCGUCGCCUACCUGACAUUAGGGAGAAACUACACUCUGCAAUGAACCCUGACUUCCAUACGUUUCAAAGCUUUUCCAGGUUCAUCUUAAUGUGUAGUUACGCCCGCAGCCAAGCGACGAAUUUAUAAAGGAAUAUUUUUACAUGUCCUGCAGCUGACUUCGAGCCGACCAUUCAUUUUAUGACCGAAAAAUGAUAAACGCUCAUAUUUACAUUAGACUGCCGUGUCUAGUAGUUUGGAUCAAAGUGGUGACUUUUCACGUGAAAUUCAAAAUCGGAAAGUCUACCCGUAGAGAAUGUUACAACGUGAUGACAUGGCCGUGGUACGAGAGCCUUUUCAUUUGAUGCGCCCGAGUCAUUAGCACGUUCAAAAGCGCAUGCAAAGGUGCAUGAAGUUGUGCGUAGCUCUGCAUCCUGCCUCAAACGACUGCGCCGCUCGGGUGGUUUUAAUUCCGGAAGUUUCUCCGAGUUUAAUAGCUCCAAAGUG